GCAUCGCGUCUAAACCCUUGUCUCCUUCUUAUCCCCACCUCCCUCGCGGAUCACUCGCCGCCGCCGCCGGCCGCAGCCAUCGCCGUGAUGCUGUCCCUGUCGAGGGCGAUCGGGAGGCGGCUCUUCUCGUCCGCCGAGGCCGCGUCGACGGCUGCGGUGAGGACGGCGCAGAACCCGCUCGAGGAGUUCUUCGAGGUCGAGCGGAGCACCGAGGAGGGCAAGCCUCCUCCCCACUACGGUCGCAGCUGGAAGGCUUCUGAACUGCGACUAAAAUCUUGGGAUGACCUUCAGAAAUUGUGGUAUGUUCUUCUAAAGGAAAAGAACAUGCUAAUGACACAGCGUCAAAUGCUGCAUUCAGAGAGCAUGAGGUUCCCAAAUCCAGAACGAAUUUCCAAGGUAAAGAAAUCAAUGUGCCGGAUAAAGCAUGUCUUGACUGAGAGGGCUAUAGCGGAGCCCGAUCCAAGGAGAUCUUCGGAAAUGAAGCGGAUGAUAAAUGCCCUGUGAUUCACUCACAGGCAUUCUCCCUUGGGACUUUUGAUGGUACUUAUUAGAAAGAUCUGCUGCCUUCUUUUGUAUCUUUAUCCCAUAAGAACUGUGAGACCAAAUCUUUUCGAUGCCCAUGGUAUGGUAGCAAAAAUUAGACUUUAACUUAUCCGAUCCAAUAAUUGUCUGUUGAGCUUAUUUUUUCUUCGGAAUGUGAUUCCAAUUUAGCCCUUAAUUGGGUUGCCAAUCCAACUGCUCGAUUGAGCAGCGAUGCUGGAAUUUUACCCCUCUAGGGAUCCGUAGUCUUGCACUUAUGCGGCAUUACGACUCCAACACCCUCAUACAGACUGUGCAAUACUCUAUUUAUUUUAAAUUAUAAGAUGUUAUAUUUCUUUCUA